GAAACAUCAACAACAACAAUAAUGACAACUCAUAUAAUUCAUUGAUGAUAUACAUUUCUCAAAGAUAUCUCUUGGGAAAAAGAAAAAAAAAAAUACUCAAAAUAUUCUAAUCCAUUUUUCGAAUGGCUUCCUCUCUCAAAAUCACCAAUAUCCCUUACAAGAGGCUUUCUUUAGAAGAUGAUGAUGUCUUCGGCCAAACAACAAGAAGAAGAUCAUCAUUAUAUUCUAACAGGUUUAGGAGAGUGGUGUCAUUGGGAGGAAGAAGGAGGAUUAGGGUUAAAGUAAAGAUCCGGAGACUUAGGGGAUUUGUGAGGAAGAAAGCGAGUAGGGUUAAACUUGGAAUCUCAAAAUUACUGAAGAGGUUGAAGGAGAGUCAAUCACACUUUGGUGAUCUCUUUGCUGGUAAUUACCUUUUCAUGCAAGUUAAUCCUUCUUCUCUUAACACUAAGUAUGUCUUUGACAAAUCUUUUCAAGACCGAAAUGGUAACUUGCCCUCUAAAUUACCAUCCCCUAGAGUGAGUUCUUAUGUAAAGACGGAUCUACAUAAACAUUAAGUUUAGUUAUGACCAAAAAGAAAAUAAAAAAGUUAUGGUUCUGUAUUUUUCUAGUUACACGUGGUUACUUAUGUGUCUGGUUUGUAACUGAUUUGCGAAGGAAAAAUUUAAUACUUAUGAUACCGGCUUGAUCAUA